AUGGAAAAUAUUCAGAUCGACGCUACAGUUCCAGUGGAUACAGAACCCUCAGGGAUCGGAGACGAUUCCAUGGUGUGUGAUCCCAAUUCAAGACUCCUCCGCACUGGUUUCACAAGACCUAACAACGCAGAUGACACCGUUAUGUUCAUAAACGCUGGAGGAACCGAUUCGAAGGUUCUGGAAGAUUCCGAAUUGAACAUCCUCGGAGACACUUAUUUCGAAGGAGGCGACGUGGUGAGAACUGAUGAGUCUAUAGUUGAAGGAGGAGACUAUCCAUUCAUCUACCGUUCAGCUCGUGUAGGCAACUUUAGUUACCGCAUAAACAAUCUCCUCCCUGGAGAGUAUUUUAUUGAUUUUCAUUUCGUGGAGAUUGUUAAUACCAAUGGACCUAAAGGGAUUAGAGUGUUCAGUGUCUAUGUUCAAGAUGAUAAGGUCUUGUCUGAGUUUGAUAUCUUCUCUGUGGUGGGUGCAAACAGGCCAGUUGUGUUGGUUGAUUUAAGGGUUGUGGGAUUAAUGGAAGUCCUGUGGUUUGUGGGAUUUGUGUCAGGAAAGCACCACAGGUUUCAGAAGAGGCUUAUGCGAGCAAAAGCUCAUGAGAAGUACGAGAAGAAGAUAGAAGAGCUUUCUGAACGCUACCAACAUAAGUCAAAUGAGUGCCACGAAGCAUGGAUGUCACUGGCCUCUGCCAAUGAGCAACUUAAUAAAGUGAUGAUGGAACUUGACAACAAAAUGUACGAAGCACGCUCUCUAGACGAAACUGUGACAACGCAAGCAGCUUGUUUGAACAGUAUCACUAGCAAGUAUGAGAAUGACAAGAGACAUUGGACCACUGCAAUUGCUAGUCUACAGAGGAAACUAGAGAUAAUGAAAAGUGAACAAUCUCAGCUAUCCGAGGAAGCACACGAAUGUGUGGGAUCAAUUCCUGAGCUGUAUAAAAUGGUGGAUGGUGUUCAGGCACUUGUUUCACAGUGUGAGGAUCUCAAGCAGAAGUACAGCGAAGAGCAGGCAAAGCGAAAGGAGUUAUAUAACCAAAUACAAGAGACUAAAGGCAAUAUCAGGGUCUUUUGUCGUUGCCGCCCUUUGAAUCAGGAGGAGACAUCAACGAGAUGUGCCACGACUGUUGACUUUGAUGGAGCAAAAGAUGGAGAGCUUGGUGUUAUUACAGGAAAUAAUUCCAAGAAAGGUUUUAAGUUUGACAGAGUUUAUACACCGAAAGACGGCCAAGUUGAUGUCUUUGCAGAUGCUUCUCCAAUGGUUGUUUCAGUGCUAGACGGCUACAAUGUGUGUAUUUUUGCGUACGGGCAAACAGGAACAGGCAAGACCUUUACAAUGGAAGGUACGCCACAGAACAGGGGGGUCAACUACAGAACUGUGCAGCAAUUAUUUGAAAUUGCUAAAGAAAGGAGAGACACAAUUUCAUAUAAUAUAUCGGUUAGUGUCCUUGAGGUCUACAACGAACAGAUAAGAGACUUGUUGGCAACAUCACCAGCAUCAAAGAAGUUGGAGAUAAAACAAUCCUCUGAUGGAUCCCAUCAUGUUCCUGGAUUAGUAGAAGCAAAGGUAGAAAAUAUAACUGAAGUGUGGAAAGUGCUUCAAGCUGGGAGCAAUGCAAGAGCUGUUGGAUCCAACAAUGUGAAUGAACACAGUAGCCGCUCUCACUGUAUGCUCUCUAUAAUGGUGAAGGCCAAGAACCUGAUGAAUGGCGAUUGCACAAAAAGCAAGCUUUGGCUUGUAGAUUUAGCAGGAAGUGAGAGAUUGGCAAAGACUGACGUGCAAGGUGAGCGUCUUAAAGAAGCACAGAACAUUAACAAAUCGCUUUCAGCUCUUGGAGAUGUGAUUUAUGCUUUGGCAACAAAGAGUAGCCACAUUCCAUACAGGAACUCAAAACUAACACACUUGCUUCAAGAUUCACUAGGAGGUGACUCAAAGACUCUGAUGUUUGUGCAAAUCAGUCCCUCCGAGCAUGAUGUGAGUGAGACUCUAAGCUCAUUAAACUUUGCAACUCGUGUUAGAGGGGUUGAGUUGGGUCCUGCGAGGAAGCAAGUUGAUACCGGCGAGAUUCAGAAGAUGAAAGCAAUGGUGGAGAAAGCAAGGCAAGAAAACCGAUCUAAAGAUGAAACGAUAAAGAAACUGGAAGAGAACGUACAUAACCUGGAAGGUAAAAAUAAAGGAAGAGACCACUCACAGAGAAGUCUCCAGGAAAAGAACAAAGAACUUGAAAGCCAGCUUGAGUCACUGCAUAACCAAUCGGAAAAGCAACAUGCACAGCUUGUAGAAAGACUAAAAAGCAGAGAUGAGACUUGUACCAAUCUGCAGCAGAAGGUUAAGGAGGUUGAGUGUAAGCUUCGGGAGAGACAACAAUCAGACUCUGCAGCUCAACACCAGAAGGUUAAGGAUCUUGAGAACAAGUUAAAAGAAUCUGAAGGCAACUCCCUUUUGUUGCAACAAAAGGUUAAGGAAUUUGAGAAUAAGUUGAAAGAUUCUGAAGGCAAUGCUCUUGUGUGGCAACAGAAGAUUAAAGAGUUGGAGACGAAACAAAAAGACGCGCAAAACCAAGAAGCAGUGCUACUACGACAAAAGAUUAAAGAACUUGAAGUGAGGCUAAAGGAUCAGGAGCUGCAUGUGCAUCAAAUGGCAGCGACUAGAGAAAUCCCUGAUGUUGCGAGUGCUGCUCCUAAGGAAGUGAAAACUUGCAUCAGAGAAGAUAACUAUGGCAAUGAGAAUGCUGAAUCCAAGAACAUCGUGAGAACAUCAAACCGUCUCAAGACGAGUACUCAAAGAAACGAUUUAUUGAAUCUCAAUGAGGUGACUAGCAAGAAGAGGGUCUUGAGAAGCGGCGAAGCAGAGAACAACGGUGGUGAUGAUCCUCAUGUGAAGGAGAAACGGAUCAGGAUAUCAGAUGCACCAAAGGUUGUUGACAGAUUAACGAGACCAACAAGACCAGUUUCUGGUGCGUCGAACCAAGUCCCUGUGGCUCAGAAGAGAGUUAUUAACAACAACAAGCUCCGGUCGGGAAAGAGAGAGAUCCCAAGAAGAUUUGGUCAAGAUAAAUAG